AUGGCAGGUAAAGGCGACACUACACGACGCAAUUAUACUAAGAAGAGUAAGAAUAAAGGUAAAAAGGAGUCGAGUUCUUCAGCUACUGAAUUAGUCGAGUCGAAGGAUCCUCCAAAGUCCACGAACGACGCUCCACCUCCAGCCAAACCCGCCGGUCUGAAGACCAAGUUUUGUCUCAAUUGUCAUAAGGAUCUGACGCGCAACAUUCGCGUCACAUGUGCUGAAUGUAAUGUGCAGCCAUUAGUUGAGCUCUGUGUCGAGUGUUUUGCAGUUGGAAUGGAGUUGGGUGAGCACAAAAAGAGUCACAAGUACAUGGUCUCAGAUUGUCUUGCGUUUCCGAUUGUGUACGAGCCUCCGACACUUCAGAAUACGUGUCUAUCUCCUGCUGCUAUUGGUACAAAUGCUGCUGCUUUUCUUGCAGCUAGUAAUGAUGCUGCUAAUGCAGUAUGGACAGCAGAUGAGGAAUUAUUGCUACUUGAGGGGAUUGAGAUGUUUGGAAUGGGCAAUUGGAAAGAUAUUGCGGAGCACGUGGUGACAAAAAGUGAUAAGAGAUGUGAACAACACUAUUUAACAGCCUACUUAGGCUGGGAAGAUCUGAUGCCAAGGUUUGUAGGCGAUGCCGUUGAUGAGAGCAAGGAGAAGCUGACACAAGGUAAAGUACACAUGAUAGAAGGAGAAAAGUCGGCUGAAAUGGAUACAACGUUAGAUCCAUGUACGCGAGGAUUGCCUGGAGAAAGGAAUGGACCUAGUCAAUUGGCUGGAUAUAUGCCGCUACGUGGAGACUUUGAUGUGGAGUAUGACAAUGAGGCGGAAGUGAUUCUGGCAGAUAUGGAGUUUUCGGAUACGGACCAUCCAACAGAACGAGAUUUGAAAUUAAAAGUUAUUCACAUCUACAACCAAAAGUUGGAAAAGCGUAUGGAGCGUAAAAAGUUUGUGGUUGAACGAGGCUUAUUGGACUAUAAAUUGCAUCAGCAUACAGAACGUAAACGACCAAAGGAGGAACGUGAGUUGCUGGCGCAGGUGCGGCCAUUUGCUCGGUUUCAAACCCCAAAAGAACACGAUAACUUUGUGGAGGGUUUGAUCACGGCCAUGCGACUCAAGAAACAGAUCCUGCUGCUGCAGGAGUACCGCAGGAACGGCGUUCGAACGCUUGCCGAGGCCGAACUGUACGAUGCAGAUAAGAAGAAGCGUGAUUUGGACCAGGCGAUCCAGAAGCAGCGCGAUAACGCCUCUUAUUUAUACGAGUCAGGUCGUACGACUUCCGGCCGCGAUCGUGCUAACCGGUGGCAGAAUCGGGAGCAGGGUGCGAAUGGCGAAACAGGUGGUGAGAGUCUAAGAAACAGAGGAGCUGGAGCAAGUGACCUGAACGCGAUUGCAGCUACGUUCUCCAUCGAGGGUACACCAGGCUGCCAUUUGCUCACUCCCAAGGAGAAGGAGCUGUGCAGCAAGCUGAAAUUGCUUCCUAAGCACUAUCUGGUGAUCAAAGAUGCAUUGGUCCGCGAGUGCUUUCGCUUGGGCUAUCUGACCAAGAAGAUGGCCAAGGAGACGGUACAGAUAGACGUGAAUAAGACUGGUCAGGUCUACGACUUUUUUGUCAGAUGCGGCUGGGUCAAGUCUGAGAACGCCACCACAACAGUUUCACCAUCGUUGAAAUCACUUAACAUCAAAAGCUGUAAGAAGGGUAAAGAAUCGGUGGAGGCCACUAAAACAAGCAAGUCGGUUCCGGGAAUAGCAACGAAGGAAGGACAGAAGGCCGCAACACCGACAAAGCGCAAGGCAGACGAGAUGCAACCAUAA